GUGCACAGUUUGUGACCGAGCCUCUGGAGAUCGAGCAUCUGCGAGAGAGACGGACAAGAUUUGACACUGUCAAACACGGAACCGAAGGACAAAAUCUAAUUUAUCUAAUCGCUGUGGGAUUCGGCAGCAGAAAAACUGAGUUUAGCACUCGACAGUAGCAGCCAGGAAUUUAUGGACUCUGGAAGAAUCCGUAAUUGCAUUGCAUCGCCUUUCAUCCAACUUACACACACAGUGGCACCCUGAAGCCCUCUCCAACAGGACCAGGAGGCACCAGAGUGACGGGAAAAGUACAAAAAGAAGGAUCAUAAAGGACAUGCACAGAAUGGUGCUGUGGAGGGUCGAGCUGAAGUGUUCUGCACUGGAAUGACCUCCCACACACUCUCACGUGGUUUCUAUGGGAAUUUCAGCAUAGCCGCACUCUGCUGGAUGGGAGGAGGUGUAUUUCUGUGGCAUCUCAUCGCUCUGCUCUGAUAGGCCAGUAUUAUUCAGCCUCUGCACUGCCGUUGGUCAGUAUGCCAGCAAAAGGGAAGUACUUGCUGAAUGAGCAGAAGUUGAAACAGGAAGCACUGUACAGGAAAUUUUCUGGCAUUAGCCAAUACCAGCCAUUCGUUCUGUUGCUGGGACUGAGCAUGCUCACUUGUGCCACACUGCUAGUGCUCUUCUUCAGCCUGAAACUGGAUGCACGGGACCAUGGUGUAUUUGUGGGAGUUGUGGGAGGAGCAUUGUGUUUGUUCCUGGCUGUGUUUAUAUUAGUGUGUACAGACACCCUCUCUCAAAGAUGGAGAACUUUGCUUGGUCUCGCCGUGUGGGCCACACACCUCACAAUGGGCUUCACCUUUAUUUUCAGCACAGAAAACAAAAUGGAAAUACAACCAUGGGACCAGGUGCCCUUCUUCCUCUUCAUCAUCAUUACAGUCUACACCAUGCUGCCAUUUCAGAUGAGCUAUGCUGUAACCCUGAGUAUCAUCUCCUCUCUGUCUCACAUCAUUGUUCUUUCGGUGCACCUCACAGUGUUCAGUUUCCACCCCAAACACCUCAUCACCAAUCAGUUGCUGUCAAAUUCUGUGGUGUUUAUUUGUGGAAGUAUGGUUGGGGCUUUUCAUAAGAUUCUGAUGGAGAAAGCUCUCAGGCAGACAUUUCAGGACACUCUUCGAUGCCUCGGCAUUCGCAUGAAACUGGAGAUUGAGAAGAGACAGCAGGAAAACCUUUUACAGUCAGUCCUUCCUGUGUACAUCUCCAUGAAGAUGAAGUUGGCCAUAAUGGAGCGCUGCAAGUGUAAAGAUAAAGAGGAACAGCAGCGUAUGGUCCGGGACAACAACUUCCACAGUCUCUACGUGAAGAGACAUGAGAAUGUCAGCAUCCUAUAUGCUGACAUUGUGGGUUUCACACGUCUGGCCAGUGACUGUUCUCCUAAGGAGCUUGUGAUCAUGCUGAAUGAACUUUUUGGGAAAUUUGACCAGAUUGCAAAAGAGAAUGAGUGCAUGCGAAUAAAAAUUCUUGGUGACUGUUAUUACUGUGUGUCUGGCCUCCCCGUUUCCCUGCCAAAUCAUGCCAAAAACUGUGUUAAAAUGGGCCUGGACAUGUGUGAAGCCAUCAAGCAGGUGCGCGAGGCAACAGGUGUGGAUAUUAACAUGCGAGUAGGUGUACACUCUGGAAACGUCCUCUGUGGUGUGAUUGGCUUACGGAAGUGGCAGUUUGAUGUGUGGUCACAUGAUGUCACCUUAGCAAAUCAUAUGGAGUCAGGUGGAUUACCAGGACGAGUUCACAUCACAGAGGCGACUCUGAAGCACUUGAACAAAGCGUAUGAGGUGGAGGAGGGGAAUGGUCACUUGAGAGACCCCUACCUUAAAGAGCUCAGCAUCAAAACUUAUUUGGUCAUAGACCCUCGGUCAAAAGAUCCAUCACUGAUGGCCCCCAGUGUCACUAAGCCUCGUGUGAGUGACGGUUUGAAGAUGAGAGCAUCUGUGCGUAUGACACGCUUCCUGGAGUCAUGGGGGGCCGUCAAACCGUUUGCCCAUCUGCAGAGCCGAGAGGAAUUCUGCACAGAUGCUAUGGUCAAUGGAAAGGGUCGCUGCAAGGACAUCCCUCUUAGAUCAGUAACGACCAAAAUUACAGAGAGGAAUAAAUCACAGAAGACUAAGUUUGAUGAAGAGCUUCACGACAAGAUGACCACCACCAUCAAUGAUCUGAGCUCCAGCAAAAAGUGGGUGAAGUCGGAAGAGAUCUCUGGCCUCACGCUGUGGUUUACUAAACGAGACCUUGAAAAGCAGUACAGGACUAUAGAGAUGCCAAGCUUUAAAUAUUACAUUGGUUGUGCCACCUUCAUCUUUAUCUGCAUCUUCAUCAUCCAGAUGUUUGUUACCAAACAGCGUAAAGAGCUGGGGCUGACGUUUGUGGUAUUGGGGUGUUUUCUGCUUUUGAUUCUGUGCAUCUGUUUUGCGAGUCAUAUACAGAGGCAGUUUCCAGAGAAGUUGAAGUCAUGCACGUGGCUCUCGGCUCUUUCAGAAGCAGUGGUUAAGAGACCUUUUCUGCGCCUCCCAUUGGCAACUGUAGCCACCGCAAUCAUAGUCAUCAUCGCCAUGUUCAACUUGUAUUUAAAAAACCCGGAGAAUUUAUGUGCCACUCUGCUACAAAAUAACAGCAACAUUCCUGAUUCUGUCAAAGAUGACCUUUCGUAUUUGCCUUACUCAGUAUAUAAUUGUAUAUUGGCGUUGAUCGCCUGUGGAGUGUUUUUGAGGGUGAGUUUGGAGCUGAAGGUGGCCUUCCUCUUCAUCGUCUCAACUAUUUCCUACAUCAUCAUCUUCUACUCCCAGCAGAAUCUCUUCAGCAGCUACAGCUGCCUGCUCUACACCAACCACAGCUGUGUAGAGGACAAUCUGAUGCUGUGCAAAGCAGGAAUUAUGAAGCACCCACAAAUCAUGAGCUGCAUCUACAUCACACUCUUCCUCUUUACCAUGCUGCUCAUAUCCCGCCAGAAUGAGUACUGUUGUCGUCAAGACUUCCUGUUGAAGAACAAGAACCUGGCCGAUAAGGAAGAAGUCGAGCUGUGCGAAAACCUGAACCGGCUGCUUUUGGAAAAUGUUCUCCCUGCGCACGUGGCCUCUCUCUUCGUGGGCGAGAACAAAAAGAAUGAGGACCUGUACUAUAAGUCAUAUGACUGCGUAUGUGUGAUGUUUGCCUCUGUGCCGGACUUCAAAGAGUUCUACACUGAGUGUGACAUCAAUAAAGAAGGACUGGAGUGUUUGAGGCUCCUCAAUGAGAUCAUCGCCGACUUUGAUGAGUUGCUGUCUAAGCCCAAGUUCAGUGGUGUGGAGAAGAUUAAAACCAUCGGCAGCACGUACAUGGCUGCGGCAGGACUGAGUGGACCUCCAGAGCAGAGCAGCCAGGACCGUGAAAGGCAGAAUGCACAGAUAGGAAACAUGGUGGAGUUCGCAAUCGCUCUUAUCGGCAAGCUGGAUGGCAUCAACAGACACUCCUUCAACACAUUCAGGCUUCGUGUCGGUAUAAACCAUGGCCCAGUGAUUGCUGGGGUGAUUGGAGCCAGGAAACCACAGUAUGAUAUCUGGGGAAACACUGUGAAUGUGGCCAGUCGGAUGGAAAGCACUGGAGAGCUGGGAAAAAUACAGGUGACAGAGGAGACGUCAGAUGUCCUACAGAAGCUGGGCUACUUAUGUGAGUGUCGUGGCCUGAUCAAUGUGAAGGGCAAAGGAGAGCUCAAAACCUUCUUUGUGUGCACAGAUUCCAGCAAACAACAGGGCAUCGGUCUGAGCUGAGACUGACAGCUUCACACACACACACACACGCACACACAGACUCCGGACCUAUAUGUGAUCUCUUUGGGGUUUUUUUCAAGAAUGUUUUAUUGCUACUGGAUUUGUUUCUUUAGAGCAUGUCUAAAGAACUGCACAUUUUUUUCUGAAUUUGAAAUGUUAGUUUGUUUUGGCAGCAUUUGGAGACCUGAAACUCUCAGAUAUGCAGCAACGUAUACAUACACACAUCUCACAUGAACACAAGCUGAACUGUGCAAUCCUCUUAUGGGACACAGACCACAGACAGUGGGUAACUUGAGUUCGCUGAAGGAAAAUAUUAGUUCUCAGUAUUGCUCUCAGACUUUCUGGGUACUGCUGUCAUAGUGGCCUUGAUCCUGUUGGAUUUAGACUGAUUUGGGAUGACUGAGCUUGUCGACAGAGGGAACACCUGACCCACACAAACUCAUUAUAACAGAUGAACAGAUGUGAAAAUAUCUAGAAUUUCUUCAGUCAUUUGAAAUAAUGUGUCCUUUAUUAUCAACUUUUGGAGCAACAAAAUAGUGGAUGCCUAUUCUUGCUUGAAUCUAAAUGCUGUGGAUGCUUUUUUGUGUUUUGUUUCAAAAAAACUGCCAAGUGUUUUGAAUGCCAAAUUUUGACAUUCAGUGUUGAUUUGCUGUUGCCUUUGAGUUGAGAUUGUGGAUUUUGGAGAUGGGCCUUCCUUAGCUUCAUAAUAUCCUAAAGAUUCAACUAUUAAGGAAUGUUUACAUAUACCAGGGGAAUACAUGUAAAUGAAUGAAAAUUAAAGAUCUUAAAGUGAAAGUGUACUUUCAUCGAUGUCCCAUUGUCUUUCUCAGAUCUUGACCAAAUAGCUCUGUGGCUUCUCUCAUCUGAAGUUGUAUAUUCACGAAUGGAUGUACUCAUGCAUCUCAGCUCACAUCGCAGUAAAUUGAUUUGCUCAAAAGGUC